UUUACAUCAACCAAUAACAAAAAUGUUCGGAACAUUAUCCGAAGAAGCAGAAGUGAAGGUUCCGGCGAGCAAAGCCUGGGCGCUCUACGGCACCCUCGAGCUCGCAAAGGCCGCCGCCGGAAAAAUGCUCGAGGCGGUUGAUGUUGAAGAAGGCGACGGUGGCGCCGGUACCAUUCUCAAGCUCACUUUACUUCCCGGGUUAGGGUUUAAGUAUUACAAAGAGAAGUUUACGAAAGUGGAUAACGAGAACAAGGUGAAGGAGACUGAAAUAGUGGAGGGAGGAUUUCUUGAUAUCGGAUUUAUUCUUUAUAGGAUCAGGAUCGAGAUCAAGGAGAAUCCAAAUGACGACACUGGUUCAUCGUGUGUGGUGAAGUUAACGCUUGAAUAUGAGGUUAAAGAAGAGGCUGCUGCUAAUGCUUCUCUUGUCACCAAUGCGCCUCUCCUUGCCCUUUUGAGCGUUGGAAGUGAGCAUCUCUUGAAAUCUAAUUGAAGCAAAAAAAACGUUUGUUCUUGUGGUUUUAUGAUUAAUGUGAUUAUUAAGAAUAAAUACAAUUUGCUUUUCUUAUGUAAAUUAGUGAAUCGAUCGUAUGAGAUUUUGAAUUGAGGAAGAAAGCUUUGUUAGAAAAUGCCACCCAAUCG